UUUAAUCAACUUUAGCAAUCAAGCAAAACAGCAAGCUGGUCUGUUGGUCUCAUCUCAGAAACUCAAGAACAGCUUGCCGGCUUUAACGGUUGGUCACAACUCACAACCAUGCAAGUUGGGCCUACUCUGUUAAUGAAUUUGGUCCUUUUCAUGUGGAUGGAACUGAGAAAUACCACUGAGACCUCUUGGCAAGAGUUGACGUUAGUGUCAAAGGUAUCUUCAUAGGGGGGAGAGAGAGAGAGAUGACAGAGGUAGAAGGGAAGCAAAGAGUGUGUGUGACUGGGGCAGGAGGAUAUUUGGCAUCAUGGGUCAUAAAGUUCCUCCUCUCAAAGGGGUACAUGGUCCAUGGAACUGUUAGAGACCCAGGUGAUAUGAAGAAUGCUCACUUGACAAAAUUGGAAAACGCUUCAGAGAAUUUGCAACUUUUCAAGGCGGACUUGCUUGACUAUGAAGGUCUUUGUGCUGCCACUGAUGGUUGUACUGGGGUUUUCCAUGUUGCCUGCCCUGUUCCUGCCCGAAGCAAUGUUCCUAACCCUGAGGUAGAACUAAUUGAACCAGCUGUUACUGGCACAAGGAAUGUACUAAAUGCAUGUACGAAGGCAAAAGUGAAGAGAGUCGUGGUUGUUUCAUCUAUUGGCGCUGUUGUGUUCAACCGCAGUUGGCCCAAGGAUCGGCCCAUGGAUGAGGAAUGUUGGUCUGAAACGGAGCUCUGCAAAGCAGUUCAGGAAUAUUAUUGCCUUGGCAAAACAGUUGCGGAAAGUGAAGCUUUGGAGUAUGCAAAGAGUAGUGAAUUCAGCAUUAUAACUGUUUGUCCAUCCAUUAUUAUCGGGCCACUGCUGCAACCUACAAUGAAUGCCAGUAGCUUGUUUCUCCUAACACUUUUGAAAGGUGGAAUCGAAUCACUGGAAAAUAAGGCCCGACCUGUUGUAGACGUGCGAGAUGUGGCUGAAGCGUUGUUGCUUGCAUAUGAGAAGCCUGAAGCAAAUGGGAGAUAUAUAUGCACAUCAUAUGUAAUAAGAAUGCAAGAUUUGGUAAACAAACUGAAGAGCUUGUAUCCUAACUACAAUUACCCUAAAAGUUUCACUGCUAUAGAGGAAGACGUGAAGAUGAGUUCAGAGAAAUUGCAGAAUUUGGGUUGGAAGUAUCGGCCACUAGAUGAGACAAUUGUCGAUGCUGUGAAGAGAUAUGAAGAGAGCGGUUUCCUGAGUAAGGACCAGGACUACUGGACUAGCCACCUGCUUUGGCCAAGAAAGGUCUCAAAUCAGUUAUAGCUUAUGCAGCUUAUGUCAAAUAUAUCUUUGGAUUUGUAAUUUUUAAUCUGAAGUAUAAAAUUGAUCCAUUUCAAAUAAAUAAUAUCUUAAUGCUAGCGUGGUCCUAUUCAAUGAUUGUAAAAUUUUGUAUCUAUUUUAAAUAAAGACUCAUUUCAUGAUUAA